AUGGUUCAGGAGCAACCGCCUGUUUUUAGGAGGGGAGGUUCCAAGUUUAUCAUGGAGUCUCUCGUCACCAGUUGUGAUAACAACUUUGUGGACUACUUUCGAAAAGUCCCCAACACGGUGGAUAUAUACACCUUCCGCGUGGUGAAACUGGCCUCAACCUUUACCAUCGAGGUGGCAGUGAGGGUCCUGAAAACGAAGAGAGUGAUGUACAAGGUGGACAACCUGGAUGGGUGUCAGUUCCUAAUGAAUCCCCUGAUGAAUCGCGUUUUCGGCUCUGUGUACAAGAGGCUAAUCGUAAAUGGCACUUUCUUUAGCUGCCCGAUAAAGCCGGGUGUGUAUUACAUCAGGAACGAGGGAUCCGUGGCCAUGUUGCCCAGUUUUCACCCUCCUGGAAGGUAUCAGGUCACCAUGCGCGUCAUGAUGCGGGAAAGUAAGGGACCCUUUGUGAUGGAGAUGCUGUGGAUAUACAAUGUGGUGCGAAUAAAGAAAACUGAGAGGAACAUAAAGUUCCUUGGAUUGCAAAAGUGA